AAGAUUGCGAAGGAAACCAAUAGUAAUGCUGUUAGACUUGUUACUGAGGUUUUAGUUUGUGUUGUGGUGGGUUUGAUGUUUUGGCUUGCGAAGACACUAUUGGUGACAGUUUUUAUAUCUUCUUUUUAUAAGAGCAAAUACUUUGAUAAAAUCCGGGAGUCUUUAUUUAAUCAGUAUGAGAUUGAGGCACUUUCAGAACCACCUAAAAUACAAAAAAUGGAGGAAGAAGGGAAAGGAAUUGAAGGGAGUGGAAAAAUGAGGAAAAGUCCACAAGACAAAACCAGUACACUUUUUUGCUUGGCUUCUAGGAAGGGACAUAAAAAAAGUUGGGACAUAAGCAUUGAUGAGCUUCACCAAAUGAAUCCCAAGAAUGUUUCUGCUUGGAAUAUGAAGAGGCUAAUGAAUGUAAUUCAGCAUGGUCAACUUUCUACCUUGGACAAGCAGAUAAAAGAUAGCAAGUCAACUGAAAACGAGGCAAAAAACGCAGCAAAAAGGAUAUUUGAAAAUGUUGCUAAGCGUGGAUCUGGGCACAUUGACUUGGAGGACAUCAAGAGAUUCAUGGGAGAAUAUGAGGCCCAGAAGACUAUGAGUCUCUUUGAAAAAGGAUCUGAAAGCAAGGGAAUUAGCAAAUCAGCAAUAAAGAAUUGGGUGGUUAAGGCUUUUGAAGAACGGAGGGCUCUUUCCAGGACACUAAAUGAUAUUGAGAUAGUUGUUGAAACACUUCACUGGGUGGCAAAUGUCAUUGUCAUUAUCAUCAUAGUUGUCAUAAGUCGCCUUAUACUAGGAAGAAUAACUGACAAACUCCUUGUCAUGGCUGUCGUUCAAGUUCUUUUGCUUGCUUUGAACUUUGGAGGCCCUUUGUUCUUCAUAUUUAUAACACAUCCAUAUGAUGUUGGUGACCAUUGUCAAAUUGAUGGCAAUCAGAUGGUAGUGGAAGAGAUUGGCAUCUUCAACACUAUUUUCUUGGGACAUGACAACGAGACAAUCAUAAUCCCAAAUAGUGCCCUUGCUAGUAAAACCAUCCAUAACUUUUAUGUAAGCCCUGACAUGGGAGAUGAAAUUGAGUUUUGUGUUCCCAUAGCUACUCCUGAGGAAAAGAUUAAAUCGAUGGAAGAAGAGAUACUAAGUUCAAUAAAGAAUAAUCAGGAACGUUGCCAUCGGGAGACAAACCUGGUUCGGAAGGAAAUUGAAGGCUUGGAUAAGCUGAGGUUUAAAGUCUCUUUCAAACACAAAAUGAACUAUCAGAACAUAGAAGAGAGGGAGAAUAGGAGAUCACACGUGCUGCGUGAGAUUACUAACAUUUUAAGGGAAUUGGAAAUAAUUAAGUCGCCUUAGGAAUUCAGUGGUUUUUGUAUAUAAUUAUAGUUUACAUUUCAAAUUUAGUUUUGUAUUCAGUAUGACUAUUAAUUUCGCAAGCAUACGAUUAUUAGUUAUUCAUUUGUUCUUCCUUCGAUUGUUGCAAUUUCUCACUAGUUUGAUUGCCAUUCGGUUCUUAAAACCAUGUUUGAUUUCAUUAUCAUCUUUAAGGAUUUAAUUUCAGUUCUUUUUCUUUUAUUGGCAUAAAUUUCAUUUGGUUAA